UUAUUAGCUGCUGUAUAUGCAACCAUAGACUUAUAUACGCAACGUAACGAAUAACGGUACUGGAAUAACGGAACCUUUAAGCCAAUCAAAUCCUACAGCUGUGUCUUUUUCGACCAAUCAGACCACCGCUCCCUUCAUCGGCGUCUCACCAGCAACCACCAUCCGCUAGCUAGUUUAGCAUCAGUGUGGAGGAGAAGCUAACCUGCAGAGACAGACAUAUCUGUUCCCUCUUUUUGGUUAUGUAUUCCGCCUAAAUAUACUGUAGUUACCAGGCGUCCAAGUGACUAACUCGAAGAUGCAGUUCAUGCUGUUAUUCAGCCGGCAGGGAAAGCUGCGGCUACAGAAAUGGUAUGUGCCUCUGUCUGAUAAGGAGAGGAAGAAGAUCUCCAGAGACCUGGUCCAGACCAUAUUGGCCAGGAAGCCCAAGAUGUGCAGCUUCUUGGAAUGGAGGGACCUCAAAAUCGUGUACAAGAGAUAUGCAAGCCUGUAUUUCUGCUGUGCUGUGGAGGAUCAGGACAAUGAGCUGAUCACCCUGGAGAUCAUCCAUCGAUACGUGGAGCUGCUGGACAAAUAUUUUGGCAGUGUUUGUGAGCUGGAUAUUAUCUUCAACUUUGAGAAGGCCUACUUCAUCCUGGAUGAGUUCCUGCUGGGGGGAGAGGCUCAGGAGACGUCGAAGAAGAACGUGCUGAAGGCCAUCGAGCAGGCUGACCUGCUGCAAGAGGAGGCCGAGGCACCACGGAGCGUUUUGGAAGAAAUUGGGCUAACAUAAAUCAUCAUGUUGCAGUUCCUUCUUCCAGAUGCAGAUAUGGCAACCUCUAUGUCUCUCUCCUGUUGACUGUGUCAGUGUUGUAUGUAUAUAAUCACCAUCUAUGUAUUCUGUCAUGUACUAUCCAGUUGUGUCCUUUAAAUGUGGUGCCAACUGCGGUGUUGAUGUAUCUCCUCUGAACAAUCUCCCUCACUGUAUUCUGCAGUAGUAUUAACAUCCUUCACAGAAUUAACUUCUUAAAACUCAACUGAGUACAAUGUAGCGACGACAUGAAACUCCAGCACCGUAUUAAUCAUCACUGAUUUCAGAGUUGUGUGUGCUGUUUGGCUUCAAGUAUUUCUAAAGGUGCUGUCGUAGACUCAGUCGGCAAUUCUCAUGAUUUACCUUCACAUUCAGGCCAGAGCUCAGCAUCCAAAUACAAAAUAAAUAUUCUGACAUCUGUGAGGUUCAUUUGAUAAAACUGUUUUUGUUAACAAACUAAAUGCAUAAUUAAAAAGGUUUUUCAUCUUGUUUCUCAAAAGCAAAUGGGCAUUAUGUUGCUUCAUAUUAAAUACUGCAAAAACAAUAUAACAAUGUACAAAAUGAGCAAAUAUGUCAUUUUGUACUCGCAUCUGUCGAUUACAAAAGAGGCUCAUCUCUGGAAAUAUCAAUUAAAUCAAUCGAGAUGGUUAGAUGGGUCUUUGAGGACUACCUUAAGAACAGCGGUAAGUAAUGACCUGGGUUUUAUUAAAUGAAUAUUUUUUGAGAAGAUACUUGUGACUCUGAUAAGGAUAACACAUGAGAAUAACCAACGGGGGCUCGUGCUGUUGUGGGAAUCGCUGACACUGUUACAAUCACACGGGUCAUUCAACCUAACAAUUAAGUGAAAUUAAAAGACUUAACAUCAGUGUUUGUUAUGUAGGUUUGAACAAGUUUGUGUUUAGUGAGUUCUUAGAAAUGAACCAUGUAUAUUAUUUUCAAGACGUUGCCUUUUCUUAACCUCAGCAGUUUGUAAUGAGUCUUGUAGUGUUGUUUCCACAAAAAAAGACUUUUCCUGACAAAAGCAUUUGUUUUACAAUUUCAUAAUGGCCUCUGGAGUCAAAUCUGGGACAGGAAAGCAUAGCGACUCAAAAGAAAAAUCUAUUUUAUAUAUAUAGUUUAGUUUGGCUUAAAGACUAACAUGACCAAAGAACACUGUUUUAUCUUCUCGAUGGAGUCUACAGAAAGUUAACAUAGCAGAAAAGGGAUUUAGAGCGGCAGGAUGUUUGACAGAACAUGUAGGUGGGGAUUAUUUGGCCACAAUAUAGCAGUAUUAUUGUCCCAAACAGUUUAAGGGCAGGUCUAGCAUGAGUUUCUUUAUGGGGUAGAAGCGACAGAAGAUGAACUGCACAUAUCAGGGGACAUCAUGAAUAUUCAUCAGUGUCAGCUUGUUCACUUGUCAGCAGGAAAACAGGCCAACAAGUAAUGAAUGCAUGCUCAUCCAAGAAUUGUACCUGCAUUCUUAAAACCACAAAGUGUUGUCAUCGAACAUUCAGAAGUAAUUAUUCGACAUCUUUGAUUUCUGCAAAAAUAAAUCACUUUUUGUAUUAAACACUGCCAA